AUGAAUCUUGCCGACUUGCUUCCUCGCUCUGAUGAGGAAAAAUUCCUUGGCUCGGAAUAUUCUGAGAGGCUAGAAAAGUUCAAGCCGAUUAUUAUUCAGUUGUACAUGGGAAACUACGGCCCCGGGGGAAAGCGUAUGACAAAGCGCCAAAUAACUGAGUUUAUGAAAGAUAAAUAUGCUUUUCAUUUGGGGUUCGUUUUCAACACAUCUGACAUUCGCCUUCGUAUGGUGAACCAACUCGAGUAUAACCUCCGAGAAAAAUGGAAGGUGCGCAGGCGCAUCCUGAAUCGCGAGAAGGACGAUGUCACCACUGCUCUUGGUAAGCGGGCUCGCACUGGAGCAAGCACCUCAGACGCAACGCUUCAAGAAGGCAAGCCGUUGGACACGAAACAGCUUAAGAGACAUCUCCAAGAUAAAAUUCGCCGCUUCGUGGUGGAACCAAUGGUGCCAGGAGUGCUGAGCGCUUGGAAUCUUCCUUAUGCUGCUCUUAUCAAAUCAAUUGUCCGACAGGCAGAUAAGCCCUCGCCAUUUGGAGAUCUAUCUAAUACGCCAGGUUAUAUAACGAUCAAAAGCCCAAGAGAUGCUAUCGCUGUGUCCCCAACAGCCGUUCCGUCACCAUCUACGCAACUUGUUCAACAGACAUGGACAUAUAAUCAGUCAAACUUGUUCUUGCAAGGACGUUUUCAGGAACUUUUUAUAAACUGCAAGAGAGAAGAUCGGAUUGCUUUGACAAACUAUUUCCACGAAUUUUGGAUUCAUACGUUCGUUACGGCCAAAUACUGGGGGCGAGGCCCUUUAUUUUGGACGAAGGAUAUGGUAUCUGCCAUGACUGAUACUUCGUUUGCGAACUCUGGUUUAACGCCUGUGUCUCCGGCAGACCGCCCUACUCCACUGUCCUCAAUAUCUCAUGAUGGAGCACUUCUUCAGCCCGAACAAUAUUGUCGAUGGGUUAUCCACGUCACUGAAGAACAUGCCGUGCCGGGCCUUUGGGAGGAUUAUCAACCACCAAGUAAUUUCGACCAGAACUCAUGGAUGCCGUGGCCAUCAGGGCACCAAGCAAACCGGCCUCUUACGCAUUUGAUGCAUGAGUCAUUGACUAAGAGUGAUUUCACGUCUUUGUCUCCUGACAACUUGCCAAUUUCCAGUUCAUUAAUUAGCGAAUCGAUAAGCAACGACCCAAGACCACUACAGCUAGAAUCUUUCAAAUUCGCCAUCAUGGCGGGUAAUUUGGAGCUCGUAGAAUCAAUUCUUGGGAAAGCACGGCAGGAGAAAGACCUUAAUAGGUAUUUCAUGGAAAUUUACCCCUAUCAUCUCGCGGCCACCUACUUGGACGGCGGCAAUACGUGCUGCUCUCUACUCGCUAUAAUCAUAAGGCAUUUCAGCGGCCGAUAUGCUAUCGCUCGCAAUAACGAAGACAGUAUGGGGCAUACUGUAUUUGAUUGUUUAAUAAUAUCCAUCCUACGCUCUCACACCAACGUCGCGCCAAGGGAUGUCAGCUCUGGCUUUGUCGAUAUGAAAAGGUAUCCUGGAGAAGAAAAGGACGUGUGUGGCAGGUGGGAUGCAGAUUCUCCAAUAAUUCGCCAGCUAUUCCAACGAGGUAGCUACCGUAUUCCGUUUGGCUGGAAGCAUCCCUUUUGCCAUAGCUCCGUUCAAGCGGUUUGCCAUAAUCUCAUAGCCAUUUUUUUCCCCGGCAACUAUAACCCUCACAUUCGUCACCCCAGUGGGCUAUUUGUCCGGCUCUGCGGCAAUUGUGGUAAAAAACUAACACUUGGGACCCUCCACUUGGUAGUAGUUCUGGCUUACCAUUUAGCAGCGUCGGGCGUCCAAGGAGAAACUCUAUUCGGUGCUGUCGCGGUACUUGUGUGUCUACUAAGACUAGGAGCAAAUAUCCAUGAUAAAACUCAAGUAUCAAUCGAUGAUAUCUUAGGAGAUUCAUCUGCUGAUGUAUGCCGUCAUGCAUCUAUGGACGCUGAUGAAUUUAUGCAAACCAUUCCGCUCGAGACUAUCGAUCUCUGGAGACCAGAGUGUCGGACAGCAUGGAGUUGUAUGCUUGGGAUUUUUCGGUUAGCUAAAUCUGGCAAACUUCACCAUAUAAACAAGUCUCCCCCGCAAAACUCUGAAAUCAACGAGUAUGUUAGCUCCGAUAUCCAGCUCAUUGGGUUGGAUACUGAUGGCGAGGAAAAUUUGGACCGAAAUAGAGCUUCCAAUGACGAAGAUGAUGACGAAGAUGAAGACGAAUGUCAAUUAUUCGAAGAGCAUUCCAAUGAUUCAAAUUUCCCAUGUGGAAAUCGUCAGCUCGGGCUUAUAUGGGCAGUCACUCAAGCUGAGAUGCUUACUUACCGAAGAAUUCUCGGCGUCGACCCCUGGAUUUCCGACAAUUUUUCCAUGGACGCGUUGAGGCAGUGGCUGGACGGCGAAUCAGAGGAGGUCCAGAUGCCCUUGGUGCGGGAAGAAAUGCUGCAGAACACUACUCCUUGUGGUUGGUUUGUCAACCACCAUUUCCCCUUUGCAACCGCAACAAGUGCGACAAAACAGCACAUCAUGAACAUGGAUGUAUAUCAUCGGACAUCAUUUCACAGUGUGCCUGAUUUGGGUGACAUAAUAUAUAGCAAAAAAGAUGAGGAGCGCUUCGGCACGUUGAAUUGA